AUGUUUCUUCGCCGGUUUUCCCGUCUGGCAAGACGACUUCAGAAUAUCCCUAAGGGUGUCAAGGGUGAAGACGGACCCCCUGUUGAUGCCAACGGUCUUUAUUGGGGCAAAUUCACUAAGGAAGAGUAUGAAGAGGCUAAAAAGCUGGUGGCGGAGCAGAUCAAGCGGCUCGAGCAAUCGAUCAAGGGUGACACCAACGUCAGAGAAAACUUGGGUCAAAUGCCUCAAUUCCCCAUGCGUGAUGCUAACGUCAAUGUCUCCAGCUUGCCCGAGCUUUUAGCGCAGACGAUCAAGACGACGGGCCCCAUCUCGUUACUGGCGUUUAUGAGACAGUGUUUAACUCACCCAGAAUACGGUUACUACACCACGCGAGAUCCUCUUGAUACUGCCACUGGUGACUUCGUUACUUCGCCUGAAAUUUCGCUGAUGUUUGGUGAAAUGAUCGGUAUGUGGUUGUUUACUGUGUGGCAGCAACAAGGGCUGCCGAAGAAGAUUCGUUUGGUGGAGUUUGGUCCAGGGAAAGGGACGUUGAUGCACGAUUUGGUGACCCUGUUUUAUAAGUUUGCCUCCAAAGUUGGCGUGGAAGCAGAGAUCGUCAUGAUCGAGGCGCUGCCGGUGCUUAGACAAAAGCAAUGGAUGGCGCUUUGUACCGAAGAUAACGCUAUGGUUCAUGAUGAUGCCAACAAUUGGGACCUGCUGGUGACUAAGUGGGGGUGGCCCAUCAAGUGGGUGAACACCGAAAAGGAAAUCGAUCAUGCUGAUGGUGUGGCGAACUACGUGUUUGCUCACGAAUUCUUUGAUGCGUUGCCGAUUAAAUCAUUCGAACGCACUGAAGACGGCUGGAGAGAGUUUGUUGUUGAACACACUCCUAGUGUCGACAAUACUCAGCCUAAACUUGAAAGCGCUCUGCCUGCUGAAAACGAAAAGCAUGAUCCCUUGCUCGACACCGAGUUCCAUCUUACGGUGCUGCCGAAGGAGACUCCUAGUUCACUUAUCCCUAAGUUCUCGCUGCGGUUCAAGGACCUCCCCGUGGGUCUGCGGAUUGAAAUUUGCACUGAUGCCGAGUUGUAUCUCAUGAAGAUGGUCCAACUUUUGACCCCUACUACCGGUGCGGUUCUCUUGAUGGACUAUGGCAUUGAUACUGAUUUGCCUCCGGAAAACUCCUUGAGAGGUAUCUACCAACACAAGUUUGUGUCGCCUUUCGCUAAGCCUGGUGACGUCGAUUUGUCGGUGGACGUCGACUUCAGAGCGCUCAAAUUGUUAGGCGAAAAGCACUGUGACGUUUACGGAGCGGUGACCCAAGGUGACUGGCUUCAUACCCUUGGCCUCGGCUACCGUGUGCAACAAUUGCUUGAUCGCAACCAAGAAAAGCCCGAAGUACAAGACGUGAUCUACGGAGCUUAUCGUCGUCUCACUGACCCGGAACAAAUGGGUAAGGCGUAUAAGUUUAUGGCGAUGCUUCCUCUGGGCUCCAAAACGCCUGUGGGCUUCGGUGGCAGCUAUGAGUAG